AAAUCACCGUCAUGUCCCUCCUCGGGCUCUUCGUCCUCACCACCACCGUCGCCGUAGCCGCCGGAGAAGAAGACAAGACGUGCCCCGGCGCGCCGUCCAUGACCGUGGAGUCGGCCUGCCGCCGGACGAGCGGCGCGCGGGCCACGUACGAGCUCUGCCGGGACGCGCUCCGGGGGGUCCCCGACCCGCUGCGCGACCACGACGUCACCGGCUACGCGCUCGCCGCGGCGGAGGACGCCAUGGCGUCCGAGGACGCCACCGUGGGCGCCGCCACCGAGCUGCUCACGCGCAACCGGUCGCUCUCCGGCGAGGAGCGGGACGCGUACGCGGAGUGCCAGGACGCGUACGCGUACGCGGAGCACGCCAUGGGCGCCGCCGUGCGCAAGCUCCGCGCCUGCAGCUUCGGCGGGCUCGGCGACGACUACAUGGACGGGCUCCUCGCCGUCGAGAGGUGCAGGGACAGGGUGAUCAGGCUGCCGGCGUCGCCGCUGUACGCCAUGGUCCUCGUCGACCGGAACAAGGCAGGGCUGGCUUUGUUCCUUGGAAAACUGUUGGGGAUAUGACUAAUUAACUUGUGGUAGUACUAAUUAAUACUAGUAAUUAUGUGUAAUCCAAUGAGUAAUAAUCAUGUGAUAAUAGCUGUGGCCUGUGGGGUUGUCAAUGGAGAUUAGAUCCAACGGUCAAUAACAUCAAAUGAAUGUUGAUGUCAAGAUCUUACAAAUUUGAAGUUUGAAUGGAUAAUGAAAGUUUGGAACUGAAUUUGAAGA